AUGACCCUCUUCGAGCAAUGGGGCCACCUGACGCAGAUCUGCUGGUGUGCGACGACGCGCAUCGGCUGCGCGACGUCGUACUGCCCCGGCGGGUUGGCGAAUGUGUUUGGGGACGUGGAACCAUACUUUACCGUGUGUCAAUACAAAGAAGCCGGUGAGUUAUUGAGUUAUUUAGCCUUUCUUUCGAGUUUUCCCAAUUUGCCGGCCGUUGUGGCCUUUGAUGUUGUUCUUUCUCGCGGGUGCUGACGUGGUUGCUUACCCUACCCAGGCAACGUCGAUGGCGAAUACGCAGUCAACGUGAAGCCGCCGCAGGGCGCGCCGCAGAUCAAUGGCCAAACACCACUGGAGUACACCAAUUGA